GAGAGUCAGUAAUACUGGAAUUACUUGCUUCCAUUAUCCGUUCUUCACUUUAUCACUACCUGAACAAUCGGCUUAUCACUAUUGGGGACUUGUUAUUUUGCUGGGACAUCACUUUCUGAGAUCUAGUACACGCAGCUGUUGCCUGUUGGACAUCGACUGAAACCAAAUUCAAUCAGGAACACAGCCAAGCAGAAUCAAGGCAAUGUGAACACCUAACACCAACUCAUAGGACCAGUGGGGCAGCACAAGGACUAGAGUACUCAACACUAGUCAUGAUUUCUCGCCCCCGUCCCGACCAUUCUCAUGAAUUCUUGUAGGGUCGAUUGUUAGUACAAUAUACAGUACAGCUAUGCGCAUCAUCGCUGUCUACAAUUACUCGGCCGUCCGUUGUUAGGUGUGCCCGAGCAUUCGCUUUCAUUGCAUCCUCAUCGUGUAAGCAUAUGUGUGGCCAGAAUCAUCCUCAUCCGCCUCCGCGCUGUUUUCUCUUCCAUUUCUCCUCUGAAGCUGGAAAGCAAGCACAUUAUUUGCUCCCUCCACUAUUGUCUUCCUAAACCUGCGCUCCUCUGUGUUCUUGCGAGACCUCACCUUGGCGUUCCAAUGGUGGAGCUCGUGGCCACCAUGGUGGUCGGGCCACUGCUGUCCAUCGUGAAGGACAAGAUGUCGAGCAGCCUCCUCGAUCAGUACAAGGUGAUGAAAGGCAUGGAGGAGCAACAUGAGAUCCUGAUGCGCAAACUGCCUGCCAUCCUGGACAUCAUCGCCGACGCCGAGCAGGCGGCUUCCCACAGAGAAGGGGCGGCGGCCUGGAUCCAGGCCAUCAAGAAGGUGGCUUACCAGGCCAAUGAAGUCUUCGAUGAGUUCAAGUACGAGGCGCUUCAUCGCAAGGCCAAAAAGGAUGGACACUACAAGGAGCUUGGCUUUGAUGUGGUAAAACUCUUUCCCACCCACAACCGUUUUGUGUUCCGUAACAGGAUGGGAAGAAAGCUCCGCAGGAUUGUGCAGGCCAUCGAGGUCCUUGUGACAGAAAUGAACGCCUUUGGCUUUAAGUAUCAGCAACAGCCGCCGGUAUCCAGUCAGUUGCGGCGGACGGAUCAUGCUAGCACUGACCCAGAGGAAAUCAAGAAAAUCAUCAAUGAAUCCAGAGCCAAUGAUAAGAGUGAAAUUGUUGAUAUACUAGUUGGGCAAGCUAACAAUGCAGAUCUCACAGUUGUUCCCAUCAUUGGAAUGGGGGGUCAGGGCAAGACCACAUUAGCACAACUUGUUUACAAUGAACCUGAUAUUCGUAAUCAUUUUGAUUUGCUACUAUGGGUGUGUGCCUCUGAAUGCUUUGACGUGGAUUCUUUGGCUAAAGCUAUAGUUGAAGAAGCUCCUAAGAAGAAGGAUGAUAGCAAAGAAGCAGAUGCUUCCAUGAAGAAUAAGACACCGCUGGAUAUCCUUCAGAAUGUAGUGCGCGGGCAACGGUACCUCCUUGUAUUGGAUGAUGUCUGGGCACGACAGGUUCAGAUUUGGGGAAAGCUCAAGGCCUGCCUUCAACAUGGUGGCAUCGGUAGUGCAGUCUUGACAACAACUCGUGAUGGUGGAGUGGCUGAAAUAAUGGGUACUGUUAAAGCUCAUAAUCUCGUAGCUUUGGAACAUAAAUUCAUAAAGAAAAUCAUCGAGACAACAGCAUUCAGUCGUUUCAACAAGGCAGAGAAAGAAUAUCCGAGUGCAUGGAUAUCAACCAAAUCCGAGUUGAUGGAUCUGGUUGAUGUGAUUGUGGAGAGAUGUGCUGGCUCUCCUUUAGCUGCAACAGCAAUAGGCUCUCUACUGUGUACCAAGACGAGUAAGGAAGAAUGGGAGACUAUAUCAAUCAGAAGCAACAUUUGCACCGAGGAGACAGGAAUCUUACCAAUACUCAAGCUCAGUUACAACGAUUUGCCAUCACAUAUGAAGCAAUGCUUUGCUUUUUGUGCUGUAUUUCCCAAGGAUUAUGAAAUUGAUGUGGACAAGCUGAUCCAACUAUGGAUUGCACAUGGCUUCAUCCAGGAAAAGCAAGUUCGUCUUGAAACCAUUGGCAAACAGAUUUUCCAUGAGCUCGCCUCAAGGUCAUUCUUUCAAGAUGUGAAAGAAAUCAAAGCCACUGACCACAGCGUUAAAUACAGCGGGUUGUUUUAUUCCAGAACUACAUGUAAAAUUCACGAUCUUAUGCAUGAUGUUGCACUUUCUGUAAUGGGGAAAGAAUGUGCCUUGGCAAGUGAUGAACCAGGCAAGAUUGGAUCUGUUGUCGCAACUGAGGAAACAAGUCAGAGUGAGUGGCUUCCAAACACAGCUCGUCAUUUAUUUUUGUCAUGCAAGAAGCCUGAAGGAAAACUGGAUAGUUCUCUAGAGAACAGCUCUCCAGCUAUCCAAACUCUUCUAUGUGAUGAUACGAUGGAUAUUCCAUUGAAACAUAUAUCAAAGCUUAGCACUUUGCAAGCACUACAACUACGUCCACGUUUUUCAUUUCGGCUAAAACCAAGGCAUCUACAUCACUUGAGGUACCUAGAUCUCUCAAGAAGUUGGAUCAGAGCACUUCCUGAAGAUAUGAGCAUUCUUUACAACCUGCAAACGCUUAACCUCUCUGGCUGUAAAGAUCUUGAAACACUUCCGAGACAAAUGAAGUAUAUGAUUGCCCUCCGUCACCUUUACACUCAUGGCUGCCCAAAGCUGAAGAGCAUGCCUAGAGAGCUCGGAAAACUCACAUCCCUACAGACACUUACAUGUUUUGUAGCAGAUAGUGGCUCUAAUUGUAGUAAUGUUGGAGAGCUCGGGAAUUUAAACCUUGGUGGUCAUCUGGAGAUACUACAACUAGAGAACGUGACAGAAGAUGAUGCAAAAGAAGCAAACCUCGUGAAGAAGAAGGAACUAAGAUAUCUGACACUAAUAUGUCCCCAUAGAUCGGAUCUGCUUCGACUUGAGGAAACUAUUUGUCAGCUUGAAGCAAGAGUGCUCGAGGUACUUAAACCUCAUGAUGGGCUGCAUGCUAUAAACAUUCACUCCUGUGUAGCCAACACCUGUCCAACAUGGAUGGCUAUGUUGCAAAACAUGGUUCAGAUCCAUCUUUUCGACUGUAGUAAACUACCAUGGUUGUUCAGCGGUGAGCGUGAUGCAUCCUUUAUAUUUCCAAAUCUAAAGGAGCUUACGCUAGACUGUCUUCAUUGUUUGGACAGAUUAUGGGAAAUAGAUAAUGAUGUGAUGCAAGGAGAAAAUACAAUGUUUCCUCUGCUUGAGAAGUUGUUUAUUGAACGAUGUGGUGAGUUGAAAGCUUUGCCAGAACAUAUGACCUUCCCUGAGCUCCAGAACGUUCAUGUUCAUGGAUGUCUUCCAGAGGUUACAACUGCAGCUAAAUCACCGAAACUAAGUGUAUUAGAUAUUGAAGCGCAUGAGGACCAGUUGGUCCUGUGGGUAGCUAGACAUAUUACUUCAUUGACCAAUGUGAACCUGCACGAUAACAUCUUUAGGUUCACUACUAGAGUUGAGCAUGGUUUGAGGGAAGUGCUGGGUGGCAAGGAAAAAUGGAAUGGUCAUGAUUUUCCUCUGACAGUUUUGGGGUUAUACGGCAUGUCGGGUGUAACAGAUUUUUGUGCAUGUUUUGUACACCUUCAAGAUUUGUCAAUUUGUUAUUGCGUUGCGCUCAAACACUGGCCAGAGAAAGAGUUUGAAGGAUUGGUAUCCUUGAGGACGCUUACUAUUGCGAACUGCAGAAGCUUAACUGGAUAUGCACAAGCUUCUGCUGAGGUAUCAACAUCAUCACAAACGAGUCUGCUCCUGCCACGUCUAGAGUCUCUGAGUAUACUGAAUUGUCGUGAGUUGGUUGAGGUCUUCGACGUCCCUGCAUCUCUCAAGACAAUGCAAAUUACGAGAUGCUAUAAGGUUGAGUCCAUAUUCGGCAGGAGGCUACAUCAGGGACAGUCGUCAUCGUCGAUUCAGCAAGGGGCAUCUUGUAUACUGGAGGUGCCAUCAUCAACACCUGGAGCUGGGGUGGAGCGUUUAACAUUAGAAAGAUGUGAUGGAUUAACAGGGGCCCUCCAUCUUCCCCAGUCACUCAUGUAUCUACAUCUUUGGCACUGUGAUCAGUUGGCAUCUCUAGAAUCUCGCUCGGGAGAGCUCCCAUCAUUGAGGCGCCUCAUGCUUGAGUAUUGUCCUACACUGUCAUCCCUACCGGAUGGCCCACAAGCAUACUCUUCUCUCGAAGAUAUUCGCAUUAGAGACUGCCCUGGCAUGAAGACGCUCCCUGCAAGCCUGCAGCAACGGCUAGGCAGCCUCGAGUGGGAAAGCAUAGAUGCCCAUUAUUAUGGAAAUAAGCCUAUGCUGCUGAAGCCUAAGACGUGGAAAUAUGCCAUCCGUAGAGAUUAGAGUGGAAUACCUGUGUGGAAGUUUUCAUUCAGCACAAACAAAUGGGGAUGAGAGAUCACUUGGAGUAGAGAGGAAGUUCCUGCCAUGUUAAACUGCAAGAUCAGUAAUCCUAAAGUGCUCCUAUAAUAUUAUUAGCUAUCAUUCUGUUACCAGAUGAGAAUUGAGUGAUAUUUUCCAUAUAUGUGGUUGAUGACUUGUCUGCACAUUAACCAAUGUUCCUGUUGAAACCUCUGGCCCUUGUUUAAUGCAAAAAAAUUGCUGUCAUGUCCUUGGACCCACAUUUGGCCUGUAUGCAUCGCCGGCAUGCGUGUUGGGUAAACUUACUAUGGUUUAGUUUUAAAUGCUUGGAUUCUAGGGUGUGUUAUCUUUGGCUCCCAUGAAUGCUGACUAUGACUUGUGCAAGGUCAAGCAAAAGAUAUAAUAUAACUAGUGAAGCAACAGAUGAGAAGAAUAUGAAUGAUGAUGACAACUGAAGUUCAGAAGACGCCCUUUCAUGUUUGCCACAGAAUCAGGAACAACCUGCCAAAACUUUCAAGUGCUGCAUGCUUUCCUACAAGUUUUCUGAAGUCGGACCUGCAGGCAGACUGAGCAUCCUGAUUGAGAGGUUACCAAUGGCAUUCUGGCUGUACUCUGGGAGUCCAACUCUGCCUUGCCAUGGUCUCUACGGGCUGCAUUUUCUACUGAGGCAAUAUAGAAUUGGAUGAUGUACCGUAUGAUGUGUGUACAGCUCCACUCUUGUCUAGGUCCUUGUGCAGCCCACGCUGCUCUCUUAUAUUCGCCCCCAAAAGCAAAAGGCAUAAGUUGGUCAGAAAAAAAAAAGCAAAAGGCAUUCUGUUUCUGUAUAGUAUUUUUUUUCUUUCUUCUUACUACUGAUAGUUUACGACUUCAUGAAGGAAAACGUGAGGUUGCUAUA